AUGGAGAAACAAAUACAGGAGCUGCUGGCUAGGGCCGAAGCGGCAGAAAGGCGUCAACAAGAAGAGCAAAGACGUCGUGAAGAAGCAGAAAGGCUUCACCAAGAGGAACAGCAACGCCGUUUGGAGGCCGAAGCUCAGUUACAGCCUGUACCGCUACCGGUCUUCCUCCAGUCCUGUCACGAGCUGUUGCUUUCAAUCAACAUCGUCACUGACCCGACCAAAACAACCAAAGGGCCAGUGACAAAGCCAGCCAACCGAAGGGUGCCUUCGCGGAUGUUGAUAUGGGAUACCUUUGCCGAAGAGCAGGCCGCAGUGUGGGAAAAACUAUAUGAACAUCCGUCAUUCCUGGAGGAGAAGCUAUUUCCUUCCGAACACCAGCUUGAAUAUGUUCGCCAGUUCAUUUCCCCAAUCAAUUCGGAGAUGGACCUUCGGUACUUUGAACGAGAAACAGUGGAGAAUCAUGUUCGUAUCAUAAUCGACCGCAUCACCGAACAUGAGGAUCUCAAGGCAGCCCUCGGACUGCGAGGUUCUGUCACUUUCGAAAGCCACACGAAUUUGGGGGCUACAAAGAAGAAGCCCCUGCAGAGGGAGGAAGCCCGAGGUACGCUAAUUGACGAAGCAGCUGCAGCAGAAACUGGACCCCCAGCGGCUGCUAGUCAGGGUAGCAACAGCCAGACCCGAGAUGCCAUUACAAGGGGACAAGCAGACAGAUUCUGCAUCUAUCGACAAGAGGGGGAUGAGCAUGUGCCUGCAAUCGCCAUUGAGUACAAAGCACCACAUAAACUCAUGCAAACUGAGAUAGCUACCGGUCUCACCCAGGAGAUCCAGCCCGCCCGGGAUGUCAUCGACAAGGAGUCUGAUGACACUGAAUUCUACUGCAAAAGGCUGGUCGCUGCAGUUAUAACUCAGCUCUUUUCGUACAUGGUACUCAAGGGGGUACGCUACGGCUACGUGUGCACCGGUGAAGCAUUCAUUUUUGUUUAUAUUCUUGACGAUCCAUCCUCCGUUCAAUGUUCAGUUUGCACGCCAAGUCAAGAUGUUAAAGGAACUGAUGAUAAGGACCUCCAGUCAACGGCAGUUGCCCAGGUGCUUGCAUUCACAAUCAAAGCACUUUCAUCUCCGCCAGUUUCCCAGCAGUGGCAUGAUGCCGUUGAUGGGCUUGAUGUUUGGCCCGUGGAGUAUGCCGAUAUCCUAGAACAGACUCCUCCUGAUUCUCGCCCAAAGCGUAUUUCACCCCCGUACCGUGGUAGGCGACCACGCGACCUUCCUCGCUUUAGGAUGUCGCUACGGUCAAGAUGCCGGCCAUCAGAAGAUGGAGACCGGUCGUCAAGCUCACCCUCUCCAUCUCCGUCUGCCUCUUCUUCCCGCUUAAGCUCCACUGUCCGCCGCGCACGAGCCAAAAAGAAAGCGGCGCUUCGGUCUAAGUCAAGCGGGAAAUCAACUGAAACGCCCAACCAAAAGGAAACUACCAACGCGAGUAAAUUCCCCAUCUUUGCCCCAAUACCAGCUAUAAAGACCCGCCCAUAUUGCACUCAGCAAUGUCUUCUUGCACUCAGGAAUGGUGGCCGUCCUGAUACCUCGUGCCCCAACUAUAGAGAUCACCAGAACUAUAAAGGCAAGAUCAGACCAGGAAACUUUCGUUCCCUUAUCCGUACACAACUUGCUACCGAUCGUGGCCCAGAUGCAGACUGCCGUCCUCUCUAUAAAGUAGGUAGCUGUGGCGCCCUGUUCAAAGUGAGGCAUUCAUCGUCCGGCCACACCUUGGUCGCCAAAGGGGUAGAAUCCUGGAAUUUACAUAAACUUAAACAUGAAAUGCAGAUUUACAACAAGCUCAAAAGCCUGCAGGGAAAGUGUAUUCCGGUCUGCCUUGGUAUCGUCGAUCUGGUGCCAAAGUUUCCCUACUACUUCGAUGAGGGGAUCUAUACCCACAUGCUAUUUUUGAGCUGGGCGGGAGAGUCGAUUUCUAAAACAGGAGUAGUGCCCCAAGACGCCGAUGUUUCAACCAUGGUGCAUAAUGCCCUCCAGUCCAUUCACUCAAAGGGCGUCCUCCAUGGCGAUGCAGAGCCACGAAAUAUUCUAUGGAAUCCUACCUCGCAACACGUAAUGAUCGUUGAUUUCGAGCGAUCCGUUAUACAGAACGCUUUGUCCGAUGUGUCUGCGAACUCAGGAAGCAAAAAACGGAAGCUAGCGGAUACUUGCUUUACCAAGGAGCUUCAACGAAUUGACGCAGUAUUUGAAAACAAGGCUCCAAAUGCCCGUGUAGGGCCUCCCUGA